CUUGAGCAAAUCAUACUCCCUUCUCCCCCUCCUUCCAUCUCUCCAACGACCUCUCAACCUGAAGUCAUCCAAUCAAAAUAUAACCACCCCCCUCCCACUCCCUUCCACCGCCUUAACACCUCUACCACUCCCAUCGCUCUCUCUCUCUCUCUCUCUCAUGUGUUAGUGUUAGUUGUUGGAAGGGAAGGACAGAACAUGGAGAGAGAAGAAGGUGGGGCAGUGGCGACAAGAGCCGAGAUCGACAUGAGAGCACCAUUCCAGUCGGUGAAGGAAGCCGUCAUGCUCUUUGGCGAGACGAUAUUGGCAGGAGAAGUCUAUGCCAACAAGCUUAAUGAGAUGAGAUUUGCAGUGAGCAUGAAUGAGCAUAGCCUCUCACAGAUUGGGUCCAUAAAGGCUGAGCUAGAAGAAACAAAGCAAAGCCUUGUGAAGGCGCGUGAAGAAAGCUUAGAAAUGGCAAAAUGCCUCAGUUCUCUCAGGGCAGAGCUUGAGAACACAAAGAAUGAGCUCAAACAAUUGAAAGCAAGGGAAUCAGAGAAACGAGUUGCAGAAUUGGAGAUCGAAGACCUCAAGUUUGUGGAGAGUGCAACCGAAAUUCAGGUUGAGAAAUCAGGCAUAGAAGAGGGAAUGGAGUUGCAAAAGAAGAGGAGUGUUAAGUUCGCCGACCCACCAACCUUGGCUCGGGUCCUAAGUGAAGAGGACAAGGUUUUGGAAAGACAAUUUUCUGUGGACAGCGUGGUGGAACCGAUGAAGAAAAAGAAGAAGAAGACAUUCAUUCCUUUUAUAGGGGUGAUUUUCUCCAGGAAGAGAGGUUAUCAAGAAGGUGCAAUGCCUAAAGCUCAUAGAUCAUAGAAGUUGUACAAAGGGGUUUCAAGCUCCAUGUUAGUGUUGAAACAAUCAUGGCAUUUGUUUGGUUUGUUCCUUUUAGUAUUGUCAUAUUUAGCUUUCUUAUAAUGUGAUCAGAGGUGGCACUGAUAGUGACUGUAGUAUCAUUAUGUCAUACAUAAACAAGAUUUUCAUUUUUCUUUCUAUUGA